UUGAAGGAAGAACAGGUGUGGGUGCAUCGAGGCACUGUCAGGCUGGGGAGGGAGAACCACAGGUUCCUGAACAGUGACUUUAAAAGCAACAGAAAUCCAUAAUGUGUGCGAGGGGAGUCGAGAGGCGGGCGGUGGGGACGUCAGAGGCGGUCCCGAGGCCGCCGGUAGCACUCAGGCGGGAACCCGGCAGCCGCCCACCCGGGGCCGGCUUCCCAGGGCCUGGGUGGGGUGGGGGGGGAGGAGGACCCGCUGUUUAUUCUAAGAGGCGCUGGGCCACUCAAACGCAGGCGCGUGGGAGCCGGCUCCGCCCCACCCCGACCUUCCCGGUGACCUCGUGCUCCCUACUCCCGCCCUCCGUCCGCCCUCACCAUCCCACCCUGGCCCGCGCCCGCGCCCCGCCGGCGCCGGCGGCCCCGAACCCGCCCGGGACGCCAGGCCCCGCCCCCCGCGGGCGCGCUCCCGGCCGCGCACGCGCACUGGCGGCUGGUCGUGGACGCGGCGGCCCGGCGGGCGGGUAAAUAACAGAUGCGGGUAAAAGAUCCAUCCACAGAUUUACCUGAAAAAGGCAAAAGAAAUAAAAGGCCUUCAGUUCCUCAUGAUGAAGAUUCUUCAGAUGAUAUUGCUGUAGGCUUAACUUGCCAACAUGUAAGUCAUGCUGUCAGUGUGAAUCAUGUGAAGAAAGCGAUAGCUGAGAACCUGUGGUCAGUGUGCUCAGAAUGCUUAAGAGAAAGAAGAUUCUGUGAUGGACAGCCAGUACUUCCUUCUGAUGUUUGGCUGUGCCUCAAGUGUGGUUAUCAGGGAUGUGGUAAAAACUCAGAAGGCCAGCAUUCACUGAAGCACUUCCGGAGUUGCAGAACAGACUCACAUUGUGUUACAGUUAGUUUGAGUACAUGGAUUAUAUGGUGUUAUGAAUGUGAUGAAAAAUUAUCAACACAUUGUAAUAAGAAGGUUUUGGCUCAGAUUGUUGAUUUUCUCCAGAAACAUUUUUCUAAAACACAAACAAAUGCAUUUGCUCGAAUCCUAAAGUUUUGUGAAGAGAAAUAUGAAACAGGAGAAAUAAAGAAGGGAAGACAAGCAAUCAGUGUGUCCUCAGUGAAAGGAAUUACAAAUUUAGGGAAUACCUGCUUUUUUAAUGCAGUCAUCCAGAACUUGGCACAAACUUACAUACUUACUGAAAUGAUGAAUGAGAUAAAAGAAGAUGGCACAAAAUUGAAGAUUGCUCUUUCUCCAGAUUCCCAGAUGGACCCCUUAGUGGUGGAACUUGCAAGCCCUGGACCACUGACCUCAGCUUUGUUCCUGUUUCUUCACAGCAUGAAGGAGACAGAAAAAGGACCACUUUCUCCUAAAGUUCUUUUUAACCAGCUUUGUCAUAAGGCACCUCGAUUUAAAGGUUUCCAACAACAGGAUAGUCAGGAGCUUCUUCAUUAUUUGCUCGAUGCAGUAAGGACAGAAGAAACAAAGAGAAUACAAGCUAGCAUUCUAAAAGCAUUUAACAACCCCACUACUAGGACAGCUGAUGAAGAAACUAGAAAAAAAGUCAAAGCAUAUGGAAAAGAAGGCGUAAAAAUGAACUUCAUAGAUCGGAUCUUUAUUGGUGAAUUAACUAGCACAGUCAUGUGUGAAGAAUGUGCAAACAUCUCCACAGUGAAAGAUCCUUUCAUUGAUAUUUCACUUCCUAUAAAAGAAGAAAGGGUUUCAAAACCUGUACUUUCUGGGAAAAUGAAUAGAAAUAGAAGUUUACAGGAGGCAGACCCGGAGCUGUACAGGGGCACAAUCACCGUACAAAGUGCUCAGCAACCCAGAGUUACCAGGAAGCAGUCCUCAGCUAAAGAUAAGAAUCAAGGAAUUCCUAGCAGAAAACAUGGAAGAAAACUAUCACCUGGGGAAAACACUGCUGUUACAUAUGAGAAGAAUGAAGGCCUCCAGAGCAGUGGGGAGCAGUCAGCCUUUGCAAGCACCGAGACUACUGCAAGGUCUCUGACAGAAAGCCCUACAGAUGGCAGUGAUAAAGCAGCAAGCCCUUCUGAAAGUAGUGCUGAUGCUGACAGCGAGGCCUCGGAAUCAGAAAGCACUUCCCAGCAGAACAGGCGGCCUAGAUCCUGUGGUGAAGCCCAUGGGCGCACAGAUAGGCAUCUUCAGCUGCCACCGCUACCUGAGCUGCCACACUCCAGGACUGACAGUGGAGAGGAGGGAAUAGCUCAAGCGAUUGCCGAACUUCGAUUGAACAACACCUCAACUGGAGAUAGAGAUUUUGACAGAGAAAAUCAGCCCCAUAAUGGUCCCAACAAUCUAUGUUUUCCAGAUAGAAAACAUAUGAGGCCUCACAGUCCCCAAAAUGCUUUUCAGACUCUUUCUCAGAGCUAUGUAACUACAUCCAAAGAAUGUUCGAUUCAGUCCUGUCUCUACCAGUUUACAUCUAUGGAAUUACUAAUGGGGAAUAAUAAGCUUCUUUGUGAGAAUUGUACUGAAAAGAAGCAGAAAUACCUAAAGGAAAGCAGUUCUGCAGAAAAGAAAGCAGAAGGAGUUUAUACGAAUGCUAGGAAGCAGCUGCUCAUUUCUGCUGUUCCAGCUAUCCUGAUUCUCCAUCUUAAGAGAUUCCAUCAGGCUGGCUUGAGUCUUCGUAAAGUAAACCGGCACGUAGAUUUUCCACUUACGCUGGAUUUAGCACCAUUCUGUUCAUCUGCUUGUAAGAAUGUAAAUACAGGAGACAAAGUUCUUUACGCUCUUUAUGGCAUAGUGGAGCACAGUGGCUCGAUGAGAGGAGGUCAUUACACCGCUUAUGUGAAAGUGAGAGUGCCUUGCGGGAAAUUACCAGAACAGACCACUGGGAGGAAAAAUGUGCCUGGUUUGAAAGAACUUGCCAGUGAGGCAGGAAGCCACUGGGUCCACGUCAGUGACACAUACGUGCAGGUGGUUCCAGAAUCAAGAGCGCUGAGUGCACAAGCUUAUCUUCUUUUUUACGAAAGGAUUUUAUAGCUAUUUGUUACUUGCUAGUGGUAAUGAUUACCUAGCUCACUUUUAUUUGAAUGCUGCAAGCGGAACUAUAAUAUGUAUGUAAUGUGCCUUUGUAUUCUUCUCUCUUCUGCAGGAUCAGCAUGUCUUUCAAAUGCUCCUUAACAUUUUCACCAUUUUAGUGAAUCCUUCUAAUGUAAUAAAUUUAUUCAGUGCUUUCGAGUUUAUAUUCCUGAAUGUAAAAAUCAGAUUUCUUUCAUGUUAUGAGGGACAAAAAAAUCAAAAUUGACAAUAGUAAAAGAAGUUUCUUUAUGAUAUGGCUCAUUAUCACAAGCAUUCAGAAAGGAUGCUGGGAUCAACCAAUUAUCCCCUAAUUAUACCGUUUACUCAAUGAGACACUGCUUUCUGAUCUCUUGUAAUAUAUCCUGUGCCAUUAUUUACUUUUAAUGUUUUAGUCUUUUUAGCCUUAACCUUAUUCUGAGCAGUUGUAUUUCACAUUUUAUGUACUUGUUAUUUUUAUAAUAAACAUGAGGUUUAUAACCAUAAAAGAAAUUAUUCAUCCAUGAACACUCACUUAAAAUCAUCUCAGGGCUAUAUAUUGGUAUGUGUAUAAUACAGUUUGGGAAACAUUGCUGUAACUAUGUGGAAUAAUGCCUAAAGUCAUGCCCUUUGCCUUGUCAUAUUUUAUAUGACGCAGUCUUGUGAGAGGCAUCACUAUAAUUUUGGAAGUGUGAGUUUUUCAAAUAAUAUAUUGAUUCCCUACUGUUUUAAGAGUAUUCAAACAUUUCAUAGAUAGAUCAUUUCUAGCCAAUUCAUGGUAGAAUUAAAGAUAAUCUGCAAGUUGUUGGCCAAAGGCAAAAUGUGAUUAUAGAUAAUUGUAUAUGUAUUUGCAACAUGAAAGUUGGUAAAUAGAAGUUGAUAAUCAUGGUCCAGGGGAACCUCUGAAGCCUUAGUUACCAAGUUAUAUUUGUAAAUAAAUGGUAGACAGCUUUAUUCUUAUACAAGGAAACAUAAUGCAAUUUCUACUUUUGUCUUUCAAUAAAUGUAGUUUCAGGAUGUA